UCUUCCUGUUCCUCUUUGAUUCCAGCUGCAGUCUGCAGACCUCACUGCAAGUUCUGCAACUCAGACAGGGGAUCAUCAGCUUUGCUUUACACGUUUGAUUAAAUGCAUGUUCGGAAUCCUAGUUGUUUUGGAGUCUUCCUGUCUUUGGGUCCAUGUGCUAGAGACGUCCCUGCUGAGCAUGCUGGGAGUUAUGGUACCAAUGUGUGUUUCCUGCUUCUGUGUAGCUCCCAGUCGAUCACAGCUGAGUAACUAACCAGGUUCCUGAUACUUUGAAGAUCACGUACAAUACACGUCACUGUGUUUGUCAGUAAAGGAGAAACUAUAAGAAUAUCUGACAAAUUCAGUUGCUGAACAAGACAAUGUCUGACAAAACCGAGGACCAAACCUCAGACCUUUCUGAUGCACACAGAGGGCGUCUAGAGGAAAACCCGGGCACUGGGCUAUUAAAUGUGAAGGAAGAGGAUGAGACAGAUGACAUGAAUAGUUAUCAGACUGAAAUACAUUGGUCCCUCCCUGCCGUUGAAGAUAACGCUGAUAUAGUGAAAGUUGAGGUAACAGAAGAUCUGUGUGUGAGGCGUCAGCUGGGAGCCCUGGAUGAGGAAACCAGUGACAGUAUUAGCCCAGAUGAAGAUAAAGCCGAUAUAAUGAAAGUUGAGAUAACAGAAGAAGAUCUGUAUGCAUGUGAUCAUGUGAAGACUGAGGAGGAUGAAGUCCCUAUAAAUACGGCUACAGAUCGUUUAAGCUCAUAUAUUCUUAGUCACGACCGGAGUGCAGAUGAUUCUUUAAGUCUCAUUAAGGUUCAACAAAGCUGUACAAUAAACACAUCUUUUCAGUGUUCUGUAUGUAAGAAAUGUUUUACCAAAAAAUCACGUCUUGAUACUCAUCAGAUGAUUCAUGUUGGAGAUAAGCCAUUUUCGUGUUCUGUAUGUGGGAAAUGUUUUACUCAGAAAGGAAAUCUUAUUGCUCAUCAGAAAAUUCAUACAGGAGAAAAACCAUUUUCAUGCUUUGAAUGUGGGAAAUGUUUUACAUUGAAAUCAAAUCUUAUUGUUCAUCAGAAAAUUCAUAUAGGAGAGAAACGAUUUUCAUGUUUUGUAUGUGGGAAAUUGUUUAUCCAGAAAUCAUCUCUUCAUACUCAUCAGAAAAUCCACACAGGGGAGAAAAAUUUUCCGUGUUCUGAAUGUGGUAAAUGUUUUAUUCAGAAAUCAGAUCUUAAUAAACACAAGAAAAUACAUAUAGAAGAAAAAGUAUUUUCGUGUUCUGAAGAUAAUUUUUUUAUCCAGAAAUCGGAUGUUGUUGUUCAUCAAGAAACUUAUACACGGGAGAAAACCUUUCCAUGUUCUGAAUGUGGGAAAUGUUUUAAAAAAAAAUCAUAUUUUGAUACUCAUCAGAAGAUUCAUGCAGGAGAAAAACCAUUUUGUUGUUCUAUAUGUGGAAAAAGUUUUACCCAAAAAGCAAGUCUUGUUGCUCAUAACAAGAUUCAUGCAGGAGAGAAACCAUUUUCUUGUUCUAUAUGUGGAAAAAGUUUUACCCAGAAAGGGAGUCUUAUUGCUCAUAACAAAACUCAUACAGGAGAGAAACCAUUUUCAUGUUCUGAAUGUGGGAAAUCUUUUAGGAGUAAACCAAAUCUUCUUAUUCAUCAGAAAAUUCAUGCAGGAGAAAAGGCAUUUUCAUGUUUUGUAUGUGGAAGAUUGUUUAUCCAAAAAUCAUCUCUUACUACUCAUCAGAGAAUUCAUACAGGAGAAAAACCAUAUUUAUGUCCUGAAUGUGGGAAAUGUUUCCCCCGGAAAACAGAUCUUAUUAAACACCAGAAGUGUCAUGCAGAAAAGAAAAUAUUUUCAUGUUCUGAAUGUGAGAGAUGUUUUACCCGUAAAACGGAUCUCAUUAAACACCAAAAAAUUCAUACAGGAGAGAAAGUAUUUUCAUGCUCUGAAUGUGGCAAGUGUUUCAACUGGCAACCAAACCUUGUUACCCAUCAGAAAAUGCAUAAAGCAGAAAAAGCAUUUUCAUGUUCUGAAUGUGGGAAAUGUUUUAACUGGCAAUCAAAUCUUAUUAGACACCAGAACGUUCAUAAAGGGAAAAAAAAGUCUUCAUGUUCUUAAUUUGCAAAAUGUAUUAGCUAGAAAUUGUAAUAAUAAUUAGUUAUCAUAAAAUUCAUGCAGGUGUAAAAUAAUUUGUGGUGUCCGGUUUGUGGGAAUUGUUUUUGAAAUAAAUUACUCAACAGAAAAUACAGAUAGGAGACAAAGGGCUAGAUUAUGAGUGGAGCUGUAAUUAUUGCUCCCACUUGCACGCUAUCGCUACUCGAAAGUCUAUAUUUUUCACUUGCGUGCAAACACAAGGACCGCAAAGAGCAGACGUAACAAUAUCACAACCUCGUUAACGUACUCUCGCAUUGACUUAAAAAGAGUCAAAACCUAUACCCGAAUUGCCAUAAGCCCCCCACCCUAAUAACUGUUUGCACCGAUACCAUUUUUUUAAGACUAUGUACAAGUAUUGAUACUUUUUUUUUUUUUUCUUCAAAUACUCGCAGAUAUCAAUUACUGAUACAUUUUUUUUUUUUUUUAAAUGUCACAUGAUUUAAGAUAGCUUCUUUAUAAUUAUGAAGAACUGUAACUCAAAAGACAUGAAAUAAUAAAACAGUUUUAUUUGCUUGUCACAAAGUUGUAAACUCGAAUUUUCACAGAGCAUGAUUAUAAAUAAAAAUAUUUUAAAUAUUAAUAAAAAUACAUAACAAAUGUAAAAUCCCAACCAACCAAAAGUGCAAUACAGUAAAAAAAUCUAACAGUGCACUGUUAAAUCAUGGGGAACACUAUGGGAUAGAUUAAGUUGACUGGUAAGCUUUACCAAAGCUCUCAUUACAUGUCCAACUCCAUUAGUCUAUGGAGUUGGAAAUGUGAACAGAGCAUUUGUAAAGCUUACCAAUCAAAUGUAAUUUAAAUCUAGUCCUAUAAUUGUAGGAUGAGUUUCCAUAGGAAUUAACUUAAUUUGUCAUAUGAACACUCCCGCUGUAAUUAUAUAAGCUAAGGAUGUUCCUCAGAGUACAGUAUGUUUUGAGCAUAAUUGUGCAAGAUGAGAAUUAGUAUUACAGGCAAUCUAGAAAUUGGAAUACAUUUUUCAAAAGUUAGUGGCAAAUUAUUUUUAAGGAACAUAAGCAUCUCUGCAUGUUCAGCUAUAACUCUGUUUCUUAUAUCAGUAAGAUUAACUACCUAGUACAAUUUAUUAACUGCCUAGUACUUCAGGGGUUUGACUGAAUGAGGUACAGUGAUCUCUCCCUGGUCGGCUUUCCAACUGUAUAGUAGCAGCUUUUGGAGCAAUGCUCUGAUGUACAAUAAUACAAAUAACAGCAUUUUUUUCUUGGCAGAACAGAAGUGAACAAUUUUUAGUUGUCUCCACUACAGCUCAAAAUGAAAUGGGAACAUGCAGUUUGAAAAAACGCCACAAGAUGGCGUAUGGGUAAGAUCUGGAGGUAUCGGUUUAAGUAUUGGAGCAUUUGCACAAGUGCAAGUACUUGGUAUUGGUACCGAUACUAGUAUCGGUGCAACCCUACAAAUAACCCCUAAACCACUGCUAAGUACCCGCUACACUAUAGGCCCCUAAAUCACCACAACCCCCAUCACAUAAGUAACCCACUAAUAUCUAAAUCCCCUAACCUAACACCCCAUAAAUUAUACCAAAACAGACUAAGCUUACAUUUUAAAAAAACAAACAGUAUCUUUUUCUAAAAAAAUUUACCCUCAUAAAAUAAAAAACCCCAACCUUACAUUUUAAAAUAAAAACACCUAACCAUACUUUUAAAACUGACAAACCUAACAUUACUUUAAAUAAUUAAAAUAACAUUAUUUACAAAAAAAACUAUUACAAAAAACAAAUUACCAAAAAUAAGUUAUGCCUUUUCUAAAACCCCACUUCUAGUACUAAACUACAGAAAUAGCCCUUGAAAAAAAGGGCCUCUUGUAGGGCAUUGCCUUAAAGUGUCCGCUCUUUUUCUGAGGGGAAAAAAUGCUUUUUUAAUUUUUUCCGGUAAUUUUUUUUUUUAAAGGUACUUUUAUGUUUUUUUACAGGCAAGGCUAGUCUAUUUUGGGGUAACAGAGGGGUGUUCAGUUAAAGGGUUUAAAUUAGAUGUUUGUGGGUUACUUUGUGAUCGGGUUUUAGUGCAACUGUUUCCUCUGGCUAAAUUCUACGUGACCUAAAAGAUCACGUAAAAAAUUUGAGCCCGCAUUUACUUUAAACUUUUAAUACGAGCAGACAUUGCCCCACAUAGAAAAUGUGGUGAGCAUAAAUUACUGCGAUUUCUCGCAAGCUAAAUCAUUGUAAUUUAAAUGGUGUGCCAUUUGUAAUAUGGAAUUGAGCAUCAAGGACACUGUGAUCACACUUGCAUUUCUCGCGCUAACAAUAUCGCCCCACUUGUAAUCUGGCCCAAAGUGUCUUUAUGCACUGAUUGUGGGAAAUGUUUCAUCCAACAAUAUAGCGUUUUAUGCACUGAAAUAUUAAAGGAAAAAGUGUUUACAUGUUCUAAA